AUGGCCACAACCACCGGCAGAGUCUACCGCAUUGCAAUUGUCACCUGUAGUGUGCGAGCACCGCGUCUCAACCCUUUCAUUUCGCAAUACGUUCGCGACACGAUCUCGCCAUCUCCAACUGGCAUCGCUCUAAAUACAAUAGAUCUCCAGGACCAGGCAUUGCCCCUAUGUGACGAGCCCGAGAUCCCGUCUCACCUACCCCCGGAUGACCCGACACCGUAUUACAGGAACGAGCACACCAGGCGGUGGUCAGAGACUGUCCGCGGCUACGAUGCAUUCAUCUUCGUCACUCCUCAAUACAACUGGAGUAUAACUGCGAGCUUAAAGAAUGCUCUCGAUUAUCUAUUUUAUGAGUGGAAGGGAAAGCCAACGGCUGUGGUGACGUACGGUGGAAAAGGGGGCGGCAAGGCAGCCGACCAUCUGCGACAAAUCCUUACCGGUUUGCAGAUGCGCGUUGCGAAAUCCACGGCGCAAUUGACUGUGACUUCGAAAACUUUGGAGGACUGUCUAAGGCUCGAUGAGAUCAAUGGGGCAGACACAGAACGGUGGCGCAAGGAUGGGAUGGAAGCUGAAUUGCAGAGUGCGUUCAAAGAGCUGGUAGAUAUGCUACAGGGCGGACAGUGA